AUGAGUUGUAAUAACAUUUAAGAGAUCAGCUAAAGUUUGUCCAUUUAAAAGAGAAAUUAAGUUACCAAUUUUCAAAUUUCUUAGGUCCCAAAUCUAAAAAAUAUACCAUUAUCUACAUACCCAGAUGAGAAUAAUGAAGUUCAACCUUUUUAUAAUUCAGAAAAAAUGUUAGAUGAAUCUAAGGAAUGCUUAGAGCAACCAGAAACUUCUAAAUAUUUUCCAUAUUAUUUAGGAUAACAUCAUUCAAAAAUUUCGAAAUUUUUUUUUUUACAAUACACAACCUACGCUCUAGAAUUAAAGAAUUAAGUUUUAGAUAAAAACUUUAAAAUUACAGAUAAGCAUCUUCCUACUUUAUCACCAGAGGAUAAUCUAAAGGAAUUAAUAUUGAAAUCAGAAAAUCAAACUUCUCAAGUAAAAACAAUGACUUAUAAAACAUUAAUAAGGCUUAUAUUUUUCGGUGAAUUAAAAUGGAUAACAGGAAGAUGUUUUGCAAUCUAUUUCAUAGAAUCAGUUUCAAAAAACGGAAUUUCUUUUAUAAUGAGUUUUGCCAUAGUCAGUAUAUCUUAACAUGAAUAUGAUAGUGCUCAUUAUUACGGAAUAAUACUAGUAAUAUUGAAUUUCAUAUGUUUAUUGAGUAGACAUCAUGCUGCUAAUUAUUCAAUGAUAUUUUCGACAAAAGCUCGUCUAAGCUUAAUUAAUUUAGUUUAUAUUAAAUUAAUUGGAUUAAAUUCAUAUUCUUUUAAAUAAGCUAAUUUAGGUAAGAUAUUAAAUAUUGUAUCUGGAGACAUUAAUACAUUAGAAUAAAUGUUUAGUAUGAUAUUUCCAAGUAGUGUUGUAAUUAUUUCAAUGUUCUUUGCUUGUUUUAUAUUGUGGAAUAGAUUUAAUGGUAUCAUAGGUUUAUUGCCAGUUAUAUUAUUAUUUCUUGCAUAUCCUAUUUAAAUUGUUAUAUAAUCAUUCAAUUAAGAAACCUUAAAAUAAGCUAAAAUUAAUUAAGAUUAAAGAUUAAAAAUAACUAAUCAAUUGAUAGAAGGAAUUAGAUUAAUUAAAAUGUAAGCUUGGGAAAAAGCCUUUUCAAAAAUGAUAUUGACUAUAAGACAACUUGAAUUUCUAAGUUUAAUAAAAAUUCUUUUAAGAACUGCUAUUGAUAGAUUAUUUACGUAAACAUCUUAUCUGUGGGCAAGUUUCUUGUAUUUUAUUAUCUUGUAUUAUGGGGAAUUUAAUACCGAUAUGAAAAUAGCAGAAAUGAUAUCUACAAUUUAACUACUAAACUCUUUAAAAAUCUCAUGUGUGUAUAUGGUUUCAAAUGGAAUAUAAGCUUUAAUUCAAAUAAAAGUUACUUUUGAAAGAAUUGCGAAUAUUUUAAAUCUAUAAAAUUUUGGUAUGCAUAAAAUUGAUGAAUUUUAAGAUGAAAAAAAUAAAAUUGAAAAAGAACAUAGUAGAAUAGAAUUAAUAAAUUUUAGUGCAUUUUGGAAACAUUCAGUAUCUGAUUCCGAUAAAGCAAUUUUAAAAAACUUAAAUUUGAAUUUUAAAGAAGGAGAAUUAUGGGCAAUUAUUGGUCGAGUUGGAUGUGGAAAAUCAACUCUUUUACAAACAUUAUUAUGUGAAAUUCCAUCUUACAAAGGAAUAAUGUUAAUUGAUGGAUAAAUACCAUCAUAAAACAAAGUAACAAUUGGUUACGUUGAAUAAGAACCUUUUUUAUUUCCAGAUACUAUAAGGAAUAAUAUUCUAUUUGGAAAAAAAUUUAAUAAGACUUUAUAUGAAAAGGUUACUUAAGUAGCAUAAUUAGAAUCUGAUUUUGAAUUAAUGAAAUUUAGAGAUUAAACUGAAAUUGGAGAAAGAGGUAUCACACUUUCAGGAGGACAAAAAGCAAGAAUCUCUUUAGCUAGAGCUUUAUAUUAAACACCUGAUUUAUACUUAUUUGAUGAUCCUUUAUCUGCUGUAGAUGCAAAAGUUGCUCAAAACAUAUUUACAAUUGCUAUUAAAUAAUUCAUUUUUGAAUAUCAGAUAACCAUUAACCCAAAUAAACCAAAACCUAUUGUAAUUUUAGCAACACAUUAAAUUUAAUAUGCUAUCAAAUGUGAUUAAAUUGCUAUAUUAAGUUAGGGAGAAUUGAUUGCUAAAGGUUCUUAUGAACAAAUCAAACUUCAUUUAGAAAUGAUUAAUAAAGAUUUAGCUCAAUAAUUAGAUAAAACUUAGAAUGAAACUACAAAUUAAAAUAUUUUAGAAUAAUAACCAUUAACUAAAAUAUCUAAAGGAGCAAAAUAGUCUGAAAAUAAUAGAACUCUCAUAGUCUCAGAAUCUGAUAAUCAAUCAAUUAUUAAUUUUUCUGUUUAUUUGAGAUAUUUCAAAAAUUGGAAUUUUGUAGUUUUUUUGUCUGUGUUAGCCUUGGAAGUAGGAUAUGAAGUUUUAAUUAUGCUAUACAAAAGAAUUAUUUCAUUAUUUGAAUACUAUCAAGAGUAAAAUGAGACAGAUUCUACAUUCAUAAUUUUAUCUUGUUUAGUGAUUGGAUUGAUGAUUUGUAGUUUAAUAAAAUAUUUUCUUAGUUUAAAUCAAGUAUAGAAAACAACUUAAAACAUUCACAAAAGGAUGCUUAAUUCUAUUACAUAAGCUCCAAUAUCAUAUUUUGAUGUAAAUCCUUCAGGAAGAAUAAUAAAUAGAUUUUCGAAUGAUUUAUCUUUGUGUGAUAAUUCUACAAAUUAAGUUUGUUUGGAUAUUUUGGAAAUGAUUGGCAAUUUUAUGAUUUCAUUAAUAACCUUGGCAAUCUUGUAACCAUAUUUUAUUUUUAUGAUAUGCUUUAUUUUAGCUUUGAACCUUUAUCAAUAUAAUUUUUAUAAUAAAAUUAUUAGCUAAUUAAAAGAAAUUGAACUAAUUUAAAGAAGUCCAUUAUUUGAUUUUAUUAAAAAUUCAUUAGGUGGAUCCAUUCAAAUUAAAAUUAAUGGAUAAUAAAAUUUAUUUAGGGAAAAAUUUAUAGAUCUAUCGAACAAAUGUAAUUUAAAUUCAUUAACGUAUAUCUAUUCAACAAGAUCUUUUUGCUUUAAUAUUGAUUUUAUUGGAUUUAUCGCUUCAUCAGCUGGUUUAUUUAUUUUCCUAAAUCUUAAUUACAAUGAUGUUGCAAUAUUUUCUUAAGGAUUAUUAUUAUUAACUAUAUACAACGAUGGAUUAUCAUUUGGAUUGAAAUAAUUGAUAAAUUUCGCAACAUAAAUGAGUUCAUAUAAUAGGAUGUUUUAAAUAAUAGAUAUAGAAUCAGAAGCACCAUAAAUUCAAGAAGAAGAUUCAAAAUUAACAAAUUUUCCAGAAUCAGGUGAUAUAAAAUUUAAUAAUGUUUAAAUGAGAUAUAGAUAAAAUUCAGAUUUAAUAUUAAAAGGAUUAACAUUUGAAAUAAAAAGUGGAUAAAAAAUUGGUUGUGUUGGUAGAACAGGAGCUGGAAAAUCUUCAAUCUUAUAAGCUAUAUUUAGAAUGAAUGAAAUUGAAGAUUAUGAAGAAUCAAAAAUCGAAAUCAGUGGAAUUAAUAUUAAAUAAUUAGGAUUAUAAAAAUUAAGAAGUAGUCUUGGUAUUAUACCAUAAUCUCCAUUUUUAUUUACUGGAAGUCUUAGAUCAAAUUUAGAUCCAUUUAAUUAAUAUGAUGAUUAGGAUAUUUGGUAAGCAUUAACAGUUUCAGGAUUAGAAGGAUAUACAAAAUCAUUUUCUAAUGGUUUAUUAACAGAUAUUAGUGAUAUUAAUUCAUUAUUCUCUGUUGGAUAAAAACAAUUAAUUUGUUUAGCUAGAAUUCUAUUAUAGAAAAAAAAGAUUAUUGUUUUAGACGAAGCAACUGCUAAUCUUGAUAUGAAAACAGAUGAUUUCAUCUAAGAUACUCUUAAAUAAUAACUUAAGGAUUGUACACUUAUAACUAUUGCACACAGGUUAAAUACUAUUGCUGAUUAUGAUAAAGUUAUGGUUAUUGAAAAUGGAAAUGUUAUAGAAUUUGAUGAACCAUUUAAUCUUUUAGCUUAAUCUUAUAAUUCAAUCAAUAUUGAUAAGCAAACUCAUUUUUCUAAACUUGUGCUAAAUACUGGACAAUCUAAUUCUUAGGCUAUUUUUGAUAUUGCCAAAAAUAAAUAGAAUCGAAUAUAGAAAUGA